AAUUAGCCGGCCAACAGAGCCACGAGCGCUCGCAGCCUAUGAAGUGCAGAUCAAACACCGAGUUCAGUUCAAAUCUCAAAUCGUCCUUUCUUCUGUCUAAACUCUAAAGAACAUUCAGCAAUCGGCAACCAAAUUAUCCACAACACACUGUGUCAGGGAGGAAAAAUCCUAGUCUUUGUAGUUACCAAUUUUAAAGUUCUCGAGAAUGGAAAUUCUUGAUUUAGGAACCUUUCUUUCGAACUCAUCUCCGAUGAUGAUUUGCUUGGUCCUUAAACCCAUUUUCCUACGUGGGCUUUCUGGUUCACUACACCUAGUUUUGUUUCUUGUGUUGUUUGUCUCCUUUCUGUGCAUGAAACUUGGAGUAGGUGAUAGAGAAAGUUCUGAGGGGAGGUUCGACAAGAACAAGAGGGUUUUAUGUUAUAAACAGGCUUUGUUCUGUUGUUUUGGUGUUUCGUUGUUCAACCUUGUCUUGUGUUUAUUGAGCUACGAUUAUUGGUAUAGGAGUGCUUGGUCUGAUGAUAAACUGAUGAUACUUGUGGAUUUAGCACUGAGAACACUCUCUUGGGGAGCACUGGGUGUUUAUUUGCACACUCACUUGCAUAACUCAGCUGAAGCAGAGUUCCCAUUUCUGUUGAGAGUCUGGUGGGGUUUUUAUCUCACAAUAUCUUGUUGUAGCCUUAUUGUUGACAUUGUUCUUCAUGGGAAACACAUGUCCUACGUAGAAAUUCAGUAUUUAGCAUCUGAUGCAGUCUCUGUGUUCACUGGUUUAUUCCUGUGUUAUGUGGGAUUCUUGAAAAUCAAGAGUAAAGGUACCCUUCUGGAAGAAACCCUUUUGAAUGGCGAUUCUAGUUUACCUAAUAACCUGGAGUCAGCUGAGUCCAAAGGGAGUGACACUGUAACUCCUUACUCAAAUGCUGCUUUCUUUAGUAUCCUUACCUUCUCUUGGAUGGGUUCUCUAAUUGCUGUUGGCAAUAAGAAAACUUUAGACCUUCAUGAUGUUCCUCAACUUCAUGGCGAGGAUACUGGGGCUGGGUCAUUUCCAGUUUUUAGAAAUAAACUUGGGUUGGACAGUGAUACUGCUGGUGGAGUUACCACGUUUAAGCUCACGAAAGCAUUAAUCCUUUCAUAUUGGAAGGAAAUUCUAUGGACAGCUUUUUUAGCACUGUUAUACACAUCAGCUUCUUUUGUUGGUCCAUACCUUAUAGCCACUUUUGUUCAGUGCCUCAGUGGGAAAGGAGAGUUCAAAAAUCAGGGAUAUUUUCUAGCUUCCACAUUUUUUGUUGCAAAACUCGUAGAGUGCCUCUCGCAGAGGCAUUGGUUCUUUAGGUUGCAGCAAAUUGGGAUUAGGAUCCGUGCAGCGCUUGUGGCCACCAUCUACAACAAGGGUUUGACCCUUUCGCAUUCGUCAAAGCAGAGACAUACAAGUGGGGAAAUCAUUAAUUACAUGGCCGUUGAUACAGAGAGAAUUGGAACUUUUUCUUGGUACAUCCACGAUGUGUGGUUGAUCUUCUUGCAAGUUGGUUUGGCCUUGUUGAUAUUGUACAAGAAUCUCGGACUUGCAUCAAUCGCUGCUUUUGUUGCAACGAUAAUAGUCAUGUUGUUGAAUUAUCCUUUGGGUAGAUUGGAAGAGAAUUUUCAGGACAAGAUGAUGGAAUCGAAAGAUAAAAGAAUGAAGACGACAUCUGAGAUUUUAAGGAAUAUGAGAAUUCUCAAGCUUCAAGGUUGGGAAAUGAAGUUUUUGACUAAGAUUUUCAAGAUCAGGAAGAUGGAGGAAGGAUGGUUGAAGAAAUAUUUUUACACUUCAGCAAUCACCAAUUUUGUCUUCUGGGUUGCCCCUACUUUUGUGUCUGUGGCCACUUUUGGUGCUUGUAUGCUUAUGGGAAUCCGACUUGAAUCAGGGAAGAUUUUAUCUGCACUAGCAACAUUCAGAAUACUUCAAGUGCCAAUUUAUAACCUUCCUGAUACAAUUUCUAUGAUAGUUCAGACCAAGGUUUCCCUUGAUAGAAUUGCAUCUUUCCUUUGUCUUGAAGACCUGCAAUCUGAUGUUGUUGAGAAGCUUCCACGAUUUAGUUCCGACACAGCAAUCGAGAUGCUUGAUGGGAAUUUCUCUUGGGAUUUGUCUCUGCCUGUCCCAACACUGAAAGAUUUAAAUUUCAAAGUAUUACAUGGUAUGCGUGUUGCUGUUUGUGGUCCUGUUGGUUCAGGCAAGUCAAGCUUACUUUCCUGCAUUUUGGGAGAAGUUCCCAAAAUCUCAGGGACACUUAAGUUGAGCGGGACGAAGGCCUAUGUCGCCCAGUCACCUUGGAUACAGAGUGGCACAAUUGAAGAGAACAUAUUGUUUGGUAAGGAAAUGGACAGAGAAAGGUAUGAGAGGAUACUGGAAGCAUGUUCCUUGAAGGAGGACUUAGAAAUCCUCUCAUUUGCUGACCAAACGGUUAUAGGUGAGAGGGGUAUCAAUUUAAGUGGUGGACAGAAGCAACGAAUACAGAUUGCACGUGCUCUCUACCAAGAUUCUGAUAUCUAUCUACUUGAUGAUCCUUUUAGUGCUGUGGAUGCUCAUACUGGAUCACAUAUAUUCAAGGAAGUUUUGCUUGAUCUUCUGAGUUCAAAAACUGUUAUUUAUGUUACUCACCAAGUUGAGUUCUUACCUGCUGCUGAUCUAAUCUUGGUCCUGAAAGAUGGAAGGAUUACACAGGAUGGAAAGUACAAUGACACUCUUAUUCCAGGAUCUGAUUUUAUGGAACUUGUUGACGCACACAAGGCAGCCUUAUCCACGCUUGAUUCCAAACCAGAAGGGCCACUUUCUGACAAUGGUAGCAUGAGUACGGUUUUGCAGAAACAAGAAAACAAAUAUUUACAAAGUGGUAAAGCAGAUGAGAGAGCCAGGCCAAAAGGUCAGCUCAUUCAAGAAGAAGAGAGAGAGAAAGGUAGAGUUGGGUUUCCAGUAUACUGGAAGUAUAUCACAACAGUAUAUGGUGGAGCUCUUGUACCCUUUAUAUUACUGGCAGAGAUUCUCUUUCAGAUCCUUCAAAUCUGCAGCAACUAUUGGAUGGCAUGGGCAACUCCUGAAUCAAAGGAUGUGAAACCUGUCGUUAGUGAAUCUACACUAAUAUUUGUCUAUGUAGAUUUUGCUGUCGGAAGUUCUUUCUGUGUCCUCGUCAGAGCCAUCCUUCUUGUAACAGCAGGGUACAAGACAGCAACUAUACUCUUCAAUAAAAUGCAUUUGAGCAUUUUCCGUGCCCCCAUGUCCUUCUUCGAUGCAACCCCUAGUGGAAGAAUCCUAAACAGAGCUUCUACAGACCAAAGCCAGGUUGAUCUGCAAAUGGCAGCUCAAGUUGGGUCCGUUGCAUUCACCCUGAUCCAGCUUCUGGGAAUCAUUGGAGUGAUGUCUCAGGUGGCAUGGCAAGUUAUCAUCAUUUUUAUGCCUGUGAUUUCUAUCUGCAUAUGGUAUCAGCAAUAUUACAUCCCUUCUGCAAGAGAACUUUCACGAUUGGUUGGAGUGUCCAAAGCUCCAGUUUUCCAGCAUUUUGCUGAAACAAUAUCAGGAUCAACUACGAUCAGGAGCUUUGAUCAGCAAUCAAGAUUCCAAAGAACAAAUAUGAAAGUUAUGGACACAUUUUGUCGGCCUAAAUUUCAUAUUGCUGGUGCAAUGGAAUGGCUUUGCUUCCGUUUGGAUGUGUUUUCUUCUAUUACAUUUGCGACAUCAUUGGUUUUAUUAAUCUCUUUUCAAGACAGAAUUGAUCCAGCCAUUGCGGGCCUAGCUGUGACAUAUGGACUCAACCUCAACACCAUACAAACUUGGUUAAUAUGGAAAAUUUGCAAUCUGGAGAACAAGAUUAUAUCUGUAGAAAGAAUAUUUCAGUACAUGUCUACUCCUAGUGAGCCUCCUCUUGUAAUAGAAGGAAAUCGGCCAGACCAUUCUUGGCCAUCACAUGGAGAAGUUGAUAUUGAUAAUCUGCAGGUCCGGUAUGCCCCACAUAUGCCACUUGUGUUGCGAGGUCUCAAAUGCACUUUUCCAGGGGGGAAGAAAACUGGUAUCGUUGGGAGAACGGGCAGUGGUAAAUCGACUCUAAUACAAACUCUCUUCCGCAUUGUUGAACCUGCAGCUGGUCAGAUUGUGAUUGAUGGCAUCAAUAUCUCAUCGAUUGGACUGCAUGAUUUGCGCUCGAGAUUAAGCAUUAUUCCUCAGGAACCAACCAUGUUUGAAGGGACUGUUCGGAGCAACCUGGACCCUCUUGAAGAGUACACAGAUGAACAAAUUUGGGAGGCUCUCGAUAAGUGUCAGCUUGGACAUGAAGUCAGGAAGAAGGAGAAAAAGUUAGAUUCCAUAGUUACUGAGAAUGGGGAGAACUGGAGUAUGGGUCAGAGGCAGCUGGUCUGUCUUGGACGUGUUCUACUAAAGAGGAGUAAGGUCUUGGUCCUUGAUGAAGCUACCGCCUCAGUUGAUACAGCCACUGAUAAUUUGAUUCAGCAAACUAUUGGGCAACACUUCUCUGAUUCUACUGUUAUAACCAUUGCACAUCGGAUAACUUCCGUUCUUGACAGUUACAUGGUUCUGCUUCUGAGUGAUGGUCUGAUCGAGGAAUAUGAUUCUCCAACAAGAUUGUUACAGAACAAGUCAUCUUCAUUUGCACGACUUGUAUCCGAGUACGCAAUGAGGUCAAACACAAGUAUUCAGAAGUAGCCUGAUUGAAUCACAAAAGCGUCUUGUGAAACACAAUUCAGCUGCAAUAAUUUUCCUGAUGAAGACUGAAGUCAAGUGGGGGAAGCAUAUUAUAUUAAUAAUUUAUCCAUUAAAAUUUUACAAUAUUAACUAUUUAGUUAAAAUAUAUGUCUAUGUAUCCUAUGUGUAAUUUUAUUUUUAAUCCUACAAAAACUUUUAUUUUGAA